AUGGAGUCCUUCACCAUCAGAACGCCGUGCUCGUCGGCCAACAUCGGCCCCGGAUUCGAUGUCAUCGGCCUGGCCUUGUCCAUCUACCUCGAGCUCAAGGUCACCAUUGACCGCACCAAGACCUCUUCCCAGGAGCCUCUGAACUGCCGCAUCACCUACGAGGGACAGGGCGAGGAGUCGGGCGAGGUGCCCCUGGACCCCUCGGCCAACCUCAUCACCCGCGUCGCCCUCUAUGUCCUGAGAUGCCACGGCCAGCGGGCAUUCCCGGUGGAGACGCACGUCCACAUCAAGAACCCUAUUCCCCUGGGACGAGGACUGGGCUCUUCGGGAGCUGCUGUCGUGGCUGGUGUCAUGCUCGGCAAGGAGGUCGGUGGACUUGACCUGAGCCUGGACAGGCUGUUUGACUUCUGCCUAAUGAUCGAGCGUCACCCGGACAAUGUUGGAGCUGCUCUCUUUGGAGGCUUUGUUGGUACCUACCUGAAGCCCCUCACCCCCGAGGACGUGGCUCGGGUGGAAAUCCCGUUGAGCGAAGUGCUUCCGGCCCCGGCUGGCGGUGUGGAUACCGGCGAGAGUCCGCCAGAGCCGCCGUUCGGCAUCGGCCACCACAUCAAGUUCCCAUGGGGCAAGGAGAUCAAGGCCGUUGCCAUUAUCCCCGAGUUCCAGGUGCCCACAGCAAAGGCACGUGAGGUCCUGCCUACGCAUUACUCGAGACAGGAUGUGACUUUCAAUCUGCAACGUAUUGCUCUUCUGCCCGUGGCUCUGGGCCAGUCGCCACCAGACCCGGAACUGAUCUACCUGGCCAUGCAGGAUAAGCUGCACCAGCAAUACCGCUCGACACUCAUCCCCGGACUCCAGGAUAUUGUAGCAUCAAUGUCGCCCAAGACGCAGCCUGGUCUGCUGGGCGUCUGCCUCUCCGGCGCUGGCCCGACCAUCCUCGCCCUGGCGACGAGCAACUUUGAGGAGAUUGCCAACCGCAUCAUCGCCCGGUUCUCGCAGGAGAACAUUGUGUGCCGAUGGCUGCUGCUGGAGCCCGCCGAGGGCACCAAGACAAUCAGGGAUUAG